AUGCCGCCACGUAUCACACAAGACCCGCACUUGGUGCAACCCCCCGACUUCGAGUCGGAACAAUUCCGGGCGCUUUACGCCACCUUAGCCACCGCCGAGCGCACAGUGGACGCUAUCAUAGCCGACUCCCAAAAUGCUUGGACCCAGAACAACGACGCGCAAAGAGUCGCGUGGAACGCCCAGGUCGAGCAAGACCACGCAGAAGAAGAGGAAGCUAGGGCAGCUCAGGAGCAAGCAAAGCAAGAGGCCGCCGAAGCUGAGAAGCGUGAGAGGGAGAACAAACGGCCCAAGAUAAAAUCCUUCACCCCGAACAAGACGGUCGGGAAGUUGUCAUCUCGUCGACCUUCCCGCUAUGCGAUCCACAAGAUCGAACAACUCGAGUACGUUGAGCUCUACUAUUUCACCAAGGAGGCCUGUCUUGAGGCCGAGAGGACGGAAUACUCAGUGGCGAGGGGCACCUUCACCCUGAUGGCUGACGGAGAGAACGUGCUGGCAAAACCCGCCGCUGCGUACAAGCCAUCCACAAAGGUCGUCCAGGAUGAGAACCUCGAAUGGCGCCAAAUCAUCAAGGCGAAGGACUACAUGCUGGAGGCCAUGGUGGACGCAGGCUGGCCCGAGGAACACGUCAUGGCCCUUGGUGUAUUCUUUCUCGAGCUCGACAAGCACCCAAUCAGCGACCUAGAGGGGGGAGAAACCGCUGUUCUACUGUACCAGGCGCGCAUCCGCCGUAGGUGGAUGGAAGACCUCAAGAGCACCAAUGACGAGGAAGUCUUCGACAUCAGUGUUGUCAAUGACAAACGGCUGGAUGAAAUGUACAGCGAGGUGCUCAACCUCCGUCAGGCCCAAGGCAUUAAACGGUCAGUCACCAUUCAUUCACAAGCUGAGGGGCAUGCAGCUGACAACAUCUCACACCGCACUGUCAUUAACCCACAUCUCAUCUUUGCGCCCCUGUGCUCAUCAUGCACACAUGCCGCGCACCCUCACGCACCCCCCCCGCACCCAUAA